AUGGUUUACAAUUAUUUGGUGUCCUACGGGGGGACGGUAAACAAUUUAAAGCUAAAUCAGCCCCCCUUUAGGAAAAUUGCGUCCUCCGCUGCCAUCAACGCGAAUGGAGGCCUGUCCAGCUUCGCCCGGUGCAACACGAUCGACGAGAAGAAUGCCUUUCUCCUGGGGAUUAAGAAAUCGUCCAUCUUCAUGCCGGUGGUGAGCCUCGGUGCGGAGAAGAAGCACAAACUGGUGGCAUUCAUUUACAAGGGUAUCCUCCUCGUGCUGCUCAUCAAGGGGAGCACCAUCAAGGACGAGGACUAUGACAUUCUAAUUGACGUUCAAAACAAAUGCGCAAAUGAAAAUUCCAGCAGCAUAUACAGCUUAUGCAAGUUGAAUGAAAUCCUCUCCGUGCAGUUUAAAAAGUACCUAAACCAGGAUGACCCAGUCAGGUACUUUUAUUACAACCAUUUUAGCAACUCCAUCAAAUACUCCAUUAAUAAUAAAAAGAUAACUAAUGAGGAGCUUUUCCUAGUCGCGGAUUUCCACUUCCUUCUUCAAGACUCAGAAAAGAGGCAAAGUCAAAUCAAGUGGAACAAAAGGGGGUCCGCCAUGGCAAAGGAAAAGGAACACUUGUCGAAGGAACUCUUCAAUUUUGAGAAUCAGUGCAUUCAUAAAGAUGCCCCGAAAAAUGGGCAGCCGCUAUACGGGGGAAAUCAAAGGGAGAGUUCCACUCCACAUAGUGGGCAGCAUGCACAGGAUGGUAAAGGGGGGAACACCAAUGAGGGGCACAAUCAGGUGGCAGCAUCCCUCAUGGAGAACCCCCAAGUGAAGAGCGAUAAUACUCUUAAAAGUGGCCACCUAACAAGAGAGCAAAAAGGCGAAACGAAGGAUCUCCCUAUCGGAAGUGAUAGCGUAAAAAAGUGCCAACCCACCACCAGCGAAACAGAAAGAGUGCAAACCGCUGCAGGUGGUAAUACUGGGGGGGAGAAAAAAAAAAAACUGAAGUUAGUUUACAACGAGGAGUUAAAGAAGAAGCUGUUUGAAGACACUAGUGAUGAUGUUAAAAUUGAGAAAAUAUUUUACAAAGAGGCAAGUGGGCCCUGGAUUUUUGCCAAGAAGACUCUGCAGAGGGAACUGUUCAUCUUCCCCGACGACUCGAAGAUUUCCCUCUCCAAGGCGCAGCACGACGUGCGCCACUUAAUGGACCUCCAUUUUGCAAACAUAUACGUUUAG